AUUCCCAGACUCUACUAUAUAAGGUCUCCUUUGUCCCUUUGCUGUCACUACUGCUGGCUGAGAAGAUGAAGCCCACACAGGUGGCUGUGUUGCUCCUCAUGCAAAGCAUGAUUGCUGUGGCUGGAACAACUGCAACAACAGAAGUGACUCCUCAGCUCAGUACGACGCUUCAGUAUCUGGCUCAGCCCAGCAAGAUGACUGAUGAUCUGUACACUCCCCCAAAGCUCUUCACCAAUGUCUCUGGCUCUGUGGAUGACAAGGGAACUUGCCAGUGCUCUGUGUACUUGCCAGAUACUACCUUUCCAGUGCAGAAGGUUGAGCAAUUGGAAAUUACAGCCACAAUGCUCUCGGAGAAGUUUGAGAAAGAGCUUUCUAAAGUUCGAGAGUACUCAAAAAUGAUUGAAUUCUAUCAGCAGCAAAUCCUUAAUCUAACCAUCAGAGUGGAGCAUAUGGAGAUAAGCGGUGUAUCUUUCACAGAACUGGACUUCCAGUUACUGAAAGUGGAAAUCAGUGACCUAGAGAGACUGGUCACUCAGCUGAAAUCCAGCCUCGGUGGAAGCAAUGUCAUCAUUGAGCAAAUAUAUUUGGAGAUCACAAAUCUGACUAUACUGGUAAAUGAACUAGAAUCACUGGACAAAAACAAUAUCCUGGCAAUUCGUCGACAAAUUGUGUCUCUGCAGAAUCGAUUGAAAGAGUGUGAAGAGAGCAAAAACCAAACUACAGUACCCCCUUAUUUCCCAGCAGGUAGCUGCACUCACCGUGGACUGCUGAAUGUUAGCCAGCCCUACAUUGUAAAGCUGAACUGGAGAGGAUUUUCCUACCAAUACGGUUCCUGGGGUAGAGAUUACUCUCCCUCUGACCCAGAGAAGGAAGUCUAUUGGGUUGCACCAUUGAACACAGAUGGGAGAUACUUGGAAUACUACAGAAUUUAUAGUUCCUUUGAUAAUUUGUUGCUGUUUAAACCCAUGUAUGAAAGUAGAAUAUCAUAUGGGCAAGGAAGUGGUGUUGCCCUUUAUAAAAAUUAUAUGUACUAUCAUGCUUAUAGUUCAAGAAAUAUGGUGAAGCAUGAUUUGAAAACAAACACCAUGGUUUUGAGGAAGGAGCUUCCAGGUGCUGCUAUCAAUAACCGUUUCUCUUAUGCUGGUGUAUCAUGGCAAGACAUGGAUUUUGCUGUGGAUGAAAGUGGGUUAUGGGUAAUAUAUUCAACAGAACAGAGCAUGGGCAACAUUGUGAUUAGCAAAAUCAAUGAGACCACACUUGAUGUGCUAAAUACUUGGCAGACAAGACAGUACAAGCCAUCUGUUUCCAAUGCUUUCAUGUUAUGUGGUGUUCUGUAUGCCACAAGGCCAAUGAACACUAGAAAAGAGGAAAUCUUCUACAUGUAUGACACCAGUACUGGCCAAGAAGCUCGUGUUAGUGUCGUUCUGGAUAAAAAGUUAGACACAAUCCAGAGUAUAAAUUAUAACCCCACAGAUCAGAAACUGUACAUUUACAAUGAUGGUUACCUUCUAAGAUAUGAUGUGACCUUUCAGCUUUAGCAUCCCAGUGACAUCAGCAUACUAUAAAACUGGCAGCAACUAAAACGAGAUCUGAUAGCCUUUAGACAAUGCUGUUGCCAGUUUAGAGUUCAUUUGGUCUGAUGUACUGUAUCUGUGGGUGUUAUAUAUAUUAUUUAUACUCUUCAAAGGAAUUGCCCACUCUGGUCAGUAGAAUUGCUGUCAGCAGUGUUUGGCAGUACUGGGUUCUUUAGGUUUUGAUUGGUGUUUAUUGGUGCUCGGUGCUUUACAACUGUCCUGCCUCUAUGCUUUUUACUUACAGAAAUUGAUGGGCACAGCCUAUCUACUGACCAAGAAGCUAAUUACGCACUGAUACGCAUUUGUCAGUGUAACAAAGGCAAAGCACCCAGAAACUGAGAAGGCAUUUCCACUGAUCUUCAUCAGUGUGAAUUGUGGCCUCGGAGAAAUUAGUUGAAGUUCCUAUACUAUUAAAAUAGUAUAGGAAGUAGACUUGGUCAGAAGACAGCAACCCAUUUGUUAGGUGGAAGCAGUAAUAUCUGGCUCAAGGCUUCAGAAGAAGCUAGAAAUGCACUUUGCUGUUUGAAGACCUACCACAGGGAGGGAAGAGAAGGCAUUCGUGCAGGGACAGAGCUCACUGCCCUUGCAAUCACUGAUGCAGUUGGACAGCUGCCCCUGGGUGCCCACCUAUAGCCACCUCCUCAGCCCUCUCCCAAGCUGCCAUAGCACCAGGCUGGCUUCUCGGACUGGCUGUGGGAGCAAAACUGGCAGCAGGGCUUUCAUCAACUUUCCCUCUGUAUCACACUUCUGGCCUUAGCAGUUCCUAAACCUGCCUUACAAAUGGUGUUACUGUAAUCAAGUCAUGUUUUGUGGUCACCAUGGCUCCAUUUUCCUAGCAGUACAGUGCAAGAAACACUCUUUUCCUUUCCUUUAUGCUCUUGUAAGCUGACGUAAAUCCUCCCAUUUUCUUUAUUGGGCACAAGUAGCUCUUAGGAGAAUAUCAGUAUAUCAUGCACUACCAUAGAAUGACAGCUGUGUUAUUUAAUGUGCUUCUAUUCAACAUUUUUGCCAUUCCAUAAUUUGAUUCCUGGGAGCCUUGUUAGAUAGGGUCCAGUUUGUUCCCUGGGUAAUUCUGUCUCAUAGCAAGGUAAAGGGUCUUGUGGAAAACAAGUGUGGUCAAACUAGUUGGAUAUAUGUGGGGUUUUUUAAUGAGCAUUGUGUAAUAGUUUCUGAGUGUAUGCACUCUAUCAAUGUCUUACUUUCAUGUCAGAAAGCAGGCUGAAAUACUGAAAUUCAGAGCUAUACAAUGAUGAAGAAAGCAGUUCAUAUAGUUAAUUUUAAUCUGUUACUUAUGCAAGCAUGUCUGUGUCCUCUGAUAAUCAAAAUCAAUAC